UUGUCUCUCUUCUCUCUCUCUCUCAGUUUGUCUUUCUUCUCUACACAGAACUCACAUUUCCAUUUAACUAAUAAAAAUGAGAGAAUUUAGUUUCAGAGGCUUCACAUUUAUGGUUUUGAUUGGAUUUCUGGUGUGGUCUUCCAAUUUUGAAGCCUGCAUUGCAAGAAGAGGCAAGCAUUGGAGGCAAAACAGAGAUGUGUCAGCUUCUCUGUACAAGAAGAAGAAAGGAUAUAGUAAUGGAAAUAAACACAACAACCACCAUGGAGGAGGAUCACAUUCAAAACCAAAGCCUCCUUCAUCGCCGCUGCCGCCGCCGCAUCAUCCACCAAAGGCUCCUCCACGUUAUAAAAUCACUCCAUCACCAUCAACUUCACCACCACCAUUUCCCAAGCCAAAGAAAGGUACUCCUUCAGCUUCGCCACCAAAAGGCUACAAUGUGGGUCAUUCUUCCAUCUUCAAUGUCCUAGAUUUUGGAGCUAAGGGCGAUGGGAAAGCCGAUGAUACACAGGCAUUUCAAACUGCAUGGGCGGCUGCAUGUAAGGCACAGGCAUCAACCAUGCUCAUCCCAGCAGAUUACGUCUUCCUUGUGGGACCCAUUUCCUUCUCUGGUCCAUUCUGCAAGCCCAACAUAGUUUUUCAGCUUGAUGGAACAAUUGUUGCCCCAACAAAUCCCAAGGCGUGGGGCAGAGGAUUGUUGCAGUGGUUGGAUUUCAUCAAGCUGGUUGGGAUUACCAUUCAAGGAAAGGGAAUCAUUGAUGGAAGAGGCUCAGUCUGGUGGCAAGACCACCCUUUUGAUAAUCCCAUUGAUGAUGAAGAAAAGCUCAUAGUUCCACUCAACAACACAGUGAAGAGGCCUCCAAUGCCCGUUCAAAGUGAGAUGGGAGGGAAAAUGCCAUUCAUCAAGCCUACUGCACUACGGUUUUAUGGCAGUAUUAAUCCAACGGUCACAGGCAUAACAAUUCAAAAUAGCCAACAGUGUCACCUCAAGUUUGACAAUUGCAAUGGCGUCCUGGUCCAUGAUGUGAGCAUUUCAUCUCCUGGCGACAGUCCAAAUACAGAUGGAAUUCACCUUCAGAAUUCCAAAGAUGUUUUGAUUCACAGCAGCAAAUUAGCUUGCGGAGAUGACUGUGUUUCCAUACAAACUGGAUGCUCAAAUGUAUAUGUGCACAAUGUCAACUGCGGUCCAGGGCAUGGAAUCAGCAUUGGAAGUUUAGGAAAGGAUAACACAAGAGCCUGCGUCUCAAACAUUACUGUCAGAGAUGUCAACAUGCACAACACAAUGAAUGGUGUCAGAAUCAAAACGUGGCAGGGUGGAUCAGGCUCUGUACAGGGGGUCCUCUUCUCAAAUAUACAAGUUUCUGAAGUUCAACUCCCAAUUGUGAUCGACCAAUACUAUUGUGAUAAAAGGACAUGCACAAACCAGACAUCAGCUGUGGCUCUUGCAGGAAUCAACUAUGAAAGAAUAAGAGGAACAUAUACAGUUAAGCCUGUACACUUCGCCUGCAGUGAUAGCCUGCCAUGUGCAGAUGUCACUUUAACCUCCAUUGAGCUAAAACCACUUCAAGAACAAUACCACCUAUAUGAUCCGUUCUGCUGGCAGACUUUUGGAGAACUAAGAACUCCGACAACACCACCAAUUGCUUGUCUACAUAUUGGAAAGCCAUCCAGCAAUCGGGUUCAGAUUGAUCAUGAACUGUGUUGAUAGCAAGAUCUAAAAUUCCUUUACACCAUUAGCCAGUUAGGUAAAGCAUGUAUAUUUUAGCAAGUCCUAAUCUAUAGGGAAUUUUUCGUCAUUAGGGCAAUACGAUUUACCAUUAUGAUAGUUUGCUGGCCCUGCAUUUAGCUAGAGGCCAAGAAUAGUGGGCAAAGCAGCCUUGUACCUAUGGCAUAUUGCCUGAGUGUGAGAUACAUAUGCGUGCUUGCAUCAGUUUCUGCAAUAAAAAUAUCAUUAUCAUCAAGACA